AUGGGUUGUUCAUCGUCAAAAAAUUUUACAUCUGACAUUAUAUCUAAACAUUUUUCAUUACAUAAUGAAGAAUCAUUAUCAAUAACAAAGACUAUUCCACAAUCAAUACGGUUUCUAGAAAAUUAUCUUAUUAUUUGGCUUUAUGAUGAAACAUCAAAUAAAUUUGAAAAUGAAAUAAAACAAUUACGAACACUUAUUUAUGGAUUAAAAACAUUUAAUAAUAUUGAUGCAUGUAUUACUUUUAUUGAUAAUAUUCAAGAUGAAAAAGUAUUUCUUAUUAUAUCUGGAAUACAUCGAACAUUUGAACGUUUUCAUCAUUUAACACAACUUGAAAAAUUAUAUAUAUUUGAUUCUUCUCAUAAACAAAAUGAUGAAAAAUAUCAAAUUUUAAAAUAUGAUAUUAUUCACAAUAUUGAUAAUCUUUAUAAACAACUUCAAGAAGAUAUGAAACUAUGUGAAAUGGAUUUGAUACUUAUUACGACUGUAUUCAUACCAUCAGAAGAAAUUUCAUUUUCAUCAAAAUUAACAAAACAACAAGCAUCAUUUCUUUUUACACAAAUGUUAAAAGAAAUUAUUGCUCGUCUUAAAUUUGAAAGUUGUUCAAAAGAUGUUUUCAUUGAUUUUUGUCGUUUAUAUUAUAUGAAUAAUAAUGAACAAUUACAUAUAAUUGAUGAAUUUGCAAAAAAUUAUCGUCCAAAUAAAGCUCUUUGGUGGUUAACAAAUCAAUGUUUUAUUUCAAAAAUACUUGAUCGUGUACAACGUACACAUGAAAUUGAUAUUAUUUAUAAACUUGGUUUUUUUAUUAAACAAAUAAAUAUACAAUUGAAUCAUUUAUACGAAGAGAAUUCAUUAUUAAUGAAAACAAUUUCUAUUGUAUAUCGUGGUAAAACAAUGUCAUCUAUUGAAUUUGAUACGACAGUAAAGAAUAAUUGUGGUGGUUUUCUUGCAUUUACAAAUUUUCUUAUCGCUACUAUUGACAAAAAAGAUGCUAUUGAUUUUGUUGAUCGUCGACUUACAAUGCAUCCUAAUAUGACAGGUAUUAUUUUCGAAAUAAAUAUUGAUCAAACAAAAUUUAAUGAAAAAAGUCCAUUUGCUUUACUCAAAGAUGCAGAUAUGAACAGAAAUGAGAUUUGUUUUUAUAUGAGUACCGUUUUUUGUAUUGAAUCUAUUGAACAAACUAUGAAUGGUACAAUAAUAAUAUGGUUUGUUAAAUUAAAAUUAAUCGAUGUUAAUGAUCAACAAUUACUUCGUAUCGUUGCACCUACACGAAAUGAUGAUAUACAUUUAAAUCCUGGUUAUUGUUUGGGUAAAUUAUUAAUGGAAAUGGGAGAAUAUAAACGUGCUGAACAAUUUCUUCUCGAAUUAUUACAUGAUCCUUCUGUUCGUAGUCAACCUAGACGUCUUGUACGUGUACAUAGUGGUCUAGCUGCUAUUUAUACAUAUAAUAAUCAAUAUGUUAAUGCUUUAGAUCAUUAUCAACUAGCACUUGAAACGAGUUUGACUUAUCUACAAUCUAAUCAUCCAGAUCUUGUACCUAUUUAUAAAGCUAUCGGUGAUAAUUAUUUACAUCAAAAGGACUAUAUUCAUGCCUUAGAAAACUAUGAGAAAGCAAUAGAAUUGUUAGAACAAGGUACAUCACAAAUGAAUGCCGAUAUUAUUAUUGAUUUGCAUAUUUGUAUUAACAAGGCAAAGCAAUUCAUUGAAAUGCUGAUUGAUAUUGGAAAACCAUCAAAUAGAACUCUCGAUGGAUUUAUUUGUCAUGCAAACAGUACAUUUGAAAAUGGAUUAAUAACAACAAUUGUUAAUAAUAAUACAAAGUUAGUCAAUAACAAAGAAUAUGAUGUAAUAAUUAUUGGUGUCGAAUUUGCAAGUCUUAUUUCUGCACGUGAACUUAGUCGUCGUGAUCGAAGUGUAUUAAUUCUUGAAGCAAAAAAUCGUAUAGAUGUAGCUGAUCAUAUUAGUGUAUUACUUGGUAAUGGUACUAGACUAAAACCCUUUUCAAUAAGUGAUCUUUAUCCUAAAUUAUGUGAACUUAUGACUAUUCAAACUUAUGAUCAUAUGACAAUGCAAGAACGAUUGAAACAAAUAUCAAGUUCAUUUGAUUAUCAUGAUAAUAUGCGUCAGAUUUUAGAUACUUAUCUUUCAAUGAAUACACAAUAUGAUUUGAGAAAAAGUGGAUUUCUUGAUCAUUUAUGUUUUUGGGCACUUGAAGAUUAUGAUACAAUUCGAACAUCGGAUAAAACAAGUCGAUCUAAAAUACGUGAAGGAGAAAGUGCAUUAGUUCAAGCCAUACUUGAUGAUUGUCAAGAUGUGAAUUUAUUACUCUUUACAUCUGUUAUUUCUGUCCAUAGAACAGAGGAUAAAAAAGUUAGAAUUCAAACACAAUCUCAACAAGUAUUCAAUGUUCGUACAACUAUUAUAACUGUGCCAUUAAAUCCAUUACAUAAUAUAGAAUUUCAAUCGACACUUGAAUUCGAAAAACUAUGUGCCAUUGCUGAAGGACAAUGUCGUGGUGAUACUAAAUUUUGGGCUAAACUGAAGAAUUCAAUAGAAGGUACCGUUAUUGUUUGUUUUGGUCCUGAUAAUGCACUUGAUAUUCGAGAUAUUGUAGCUGUAGAACGAGAACUACAGAAAUUUUUACCUAAUUGUAAAGUCGAACACGUUUUUGGACAUGAUUGGCGUAAUGGUUCAUUUGUAGAAAGUACUUGGUCAUGGUGGCGAGGUUCUAUAGAUGGUGCACUUGAAAGUGGUCUUACCAGUGUUCGUCAAGUUCAACAAUAUUUCCGCAGUCAAACUAUCUAA